ACAAGGGGGUUUAAACCCAAUGGGUUAGGCACCAAGCAUGUCCUUAAUCUCACACAAACCCCAAAAACACCUAUGGUCUGUACUAUGCCCCCACAGCCCCACAUGACUCUGCUUCUCUCUCGAACUCUCUCCCCAUAAAUAGCCUACAAUUCCCCUUCAACCUUUUCAUACCCAACCAUAACUGCUCUAACUUUUGUUUUUCUUUUCCUCUUCUCUUUCCUUGCUCUUCUCACAAAAACAUAAAGAAGAUGGCUAUCAGGAAAUCAAACAAAUUGUCUCAAACAGCGGUCAUCAAACAGAUCCUCAAAAGGUGUUCAAGCUUAGGAAAGAAACAAGGGUAUCAUGAUCAAGAAGGCCUCCCUUUAGACGUCCCAAAAGGCCAUUUUGCUGUAUAUGUUGGUGAAAACAGAAGUAGAUAUAUUGUACCUAUCUCUUUCUUGACUAGACCUGAGUUUCAAAACUUGCUUCAACAAGCUGAAGAAGAGUUUGGGUUUGAUCACGAUAUGGGUCUUACUAUUCCUUGUGAAGAAGAAGUUUUUCUGUCUCUAACAUCCAUGCUCAGAUAAAGAAAUUAAGACAAACAGAAGAGAAGAGAAGAGGUUUAAUUACAUUGAUCAGGUUUUAGGCUUAUUAAUUAAAGGCGUCUGUUUGGAGAAAAUUAAAUUGCUCUAGACGAAGCUGCUAUACUUGCUUCUCUGGUUUAAUUUUCUCUUUUUAUUUACUUUUUUUGUAAUUCUUUCUUUUGGGUUUUUUUUUUCUUUUUUGAAAAAAAAAAAUUGACUCUGACCCAAAAGAGAUUAACCCAUGAAAAAGUAUACUCUGGGUUUAAUUUAGGCAUGUAAUUAAGUAAAUGAUGUAAAAAAUUUCCUGGCAGUGGUGUGGGGUUUGUCACCAAACCAACUACCAAAUGUACCCUGUGGGAGAACUAAUAUUAUCAAAAUCAGGGGCUGUUGCUCCCCUUUUUCA